AUGGGGUCCCCCGGUUGGUUUUUGAGUGCGAUUGGCACUGUAUAUUGUGUAUACUUGGCGUUCACUGGCGUAGUCGCCGGCUCGCCGUCAUCCCUAACUUUGAUUCGGGUUACAUGGGUCCUUCGGGACCCACUACCCAGUCGGCCGUCACUAAUCGUGACGCCGGAGAAUGGGCCGAUCAAUGGGUUCAUGGGGGAGAUAAUUCCCCCGUUGUCCACCGGGCACCGUCAACGGUGCCGGUUGCAGCGAAGCGAGGAAGGCGACAGUACUGGAUGCGACAACGAAGACACAGCCAUGGUCUCGGAGUAUCACGUCCAGCAGGUCGCCGCCAAGCACCGUGUUGAGCUGACCGAUGAGGGGAACAACACGACCACCCACAACAUUGCGGCUCUCUUACUUGGCCAUUGGCCAAUCUACCUCGCGGGGACAAUGGCUCCCCGAGGACGACAUUCGUCCGCUACCAGGCUCGCUGCUGGAUCUUUUGUGAAGAUGCGACAGUUUGGACGUCUCAAGGCUAUCCAGACCGCCCAAGAGAACGAAGAAAAAGGAAACGAUGGGUUCAAUAUCAAGAAGAAGGAGGAGAAGGUGAAGAAGCAAAAGAAGGAUGGAAUGAAAGAUGCGAAGAAGGAUGGGCAGAAGGAUGAGAAGUUAGCGAAGCAGAAGAGGGAUGGGAAGAAGGAUAAGAAGCGGAAAAAAGGAGGAGUAGCACAGGCAACAGCGAUCAGCUGCCUCCUGCGCAACAUCUUCUUGAAGCGCGACCUCAAGCUCUGCUACGGCACCUGUAGCUUCGUCGUAGGAUGCCGGAUCAAUGGCGGCCGCGACAACUUCUGCAACCGCGCCGAGGUCACAGGAUAG